UUGACAGUUGUUUGUAAAUAUGCAGCAUUGAAAUUGGAGCGACAUUUUUGAGAGUUAUCAAAUAAAUUUUCUGUUCGACAUCGUAACCAAUUUCAAUUGAAAAACUAUUGAAAAUUUUAGUGCAUUAUUUCAGUUAUUUCUUUUUUAUAAUUCGUACAAUCCGUUUAAUGUUAUAAGCUAUUCAGUAUGGCGGGGAUGUAUGAUGCUAAAUCUAUUCGCCAAAAGAACGGUGAAAUUGUCAUGAGCGCUUUGAAGUCAAUAAAUGAACCGUCGACACUAACUAAUAUUAUCAAAUAUGUGGCGGAAACGCAGCAGGUGGAGCCGAGUCAAAUUAAAGAACCAGUGAAGAAGGUUCUUGAGAAGGGGGUUGAAUAUGGAUUUUUUCAAAAACAUGGAGCCAAGUAUUCACUGGACCUCACCGAAGAUGAAGCAGAGGACGAUUUGGAAGAUGGAGAUGUUGAUUUUGAUCUUGAAGAUCGGAGCGCUAGACGACGCAGGCGGUCAAGAAGUCACAGAUCAAAGAGCCGAAGUCGUAGCCGAAGGCGCAAGUCGAAAAGGCGGAAGCGUUAAUAUGAAUGCAGACAAUUUAAAUCUGUUGUGAGAAAAUCACUAUUUGUUAGAAAUUAUUGCUGUUGUAGUUAAUAAGCUUAGAUUCUAUAUACCAUCAAGUAUUUAUUUAUAACAUAUAACGUAACGGUAAAAUAUAAAAAAAAAAUGUUUUUCAUAU